CGUUACCCAGAGAACAACCGCGGGACAGAGAUUGUGCAGCCGUUUGAUGAUUAACCGGCCGGGACAGCGAAGGCCUGCGGAGUCCGGCCGCUAAACACAGCGUCUACCUGCACCGUCUCACUGCCUGUGUGUGUGUGUGUGUGUCUGUGUGUGUGUGUGUGUGUCUGCAUCUCUGCCAGCCAACAGCUCGGACGCGCUGACCUGACCCACGGCCACCAUGACCCCGCAGAGGACAAGGUCACAGGGACGGAGCCCCGGCCUGCUGCUGUGCUGCGUGCUGCUGUGGGCGGUGCUGCAGCCGCACGCCCCGCCCCGGGCCGCCGCCAUCAACCUGCGGCGCUUCAUCGGCUGCGCCGUGCGCGAGUUCACCUUCCUGGCCAAGAAGCCCGGCUGCGGGGGCCUGCACAUCACCACCGACGCCUGCUGGGGGCGCUGCGAGACCUGGGAGAAGCCCGUGCUGGACCCGCCCUUCAUCGAGUCCUACCAGCGCGUCUGCACCUACAACGAGACCCGGCUGGUCACCGUGCGGCUGCCCAACUGCUCGGCCAACGUGGACCCGGCGUACACCUACCCCGUGGCCCUGAGGUGCGACUGCGGCGUCUGCCUCACCAGCACCACCGAGUGCAUAACCUCCGUGUGACGCUGCCACGGGACACACACACACACACCUGAACAGGCAUUACACAAAGAAUUCACUGAUUUGUCUUACUGUUAUUCAAGCAGAUUGGAGUUGAACUUUUAAAAACAUUUCAUUGGGAUUCUGCGUUGGUGGAGUGAAACCUCACCUCAGUUUGUGCACCUAAUAAACCAGCGGAGUAAAAUUAGACUGAACUAUGUUUAUGAGGCCUGAGCUCCUUACAGAGAGAGGGAAACCAUGCAGCUAUACUGAAUUAUCGAGAUGAGCUAAUUAGCGAGCCUGCUGAGCCUCCAAGAUCAUCAACGCCACGGUCAUGAAAAUGAAUUAGUGAGGCUGUAUAACUGCAUUUAUAUUUUUUAUUUUUGUGCCACUCAAAUGUGCUGGUUUUAGCUAAGGUAUAAAACUGUGGUUCUUUGGCUCCAUCCUCUGAGGUUUAACUCAACCAAAAACAGCUUUUCAGCAACGAAAUGUUUCUAAAAAAUUAAAAAAUUACAAUCUGCGGGAAAUUUUUUCCCCGGCCACCAGGCAAAUGCUGGUAGAUUUGUGCGAGUGGCUGGUGUGUUUUUCUACUCUGCAAGCCGCUUUUGUAGGUAUGUAGUUUUUAUAUGUGCAAUUUGCAGCUUCAUCUGCCACUGCAUGUAGAUGAAAAAAGUUUCAUUUAUUUUCCUGGCCUACUUACAAUGUAACCCAGAUGUGCAUGAUCAAUAAAAUCAAUACAAGAGUU